UAAUAGUACAAACAAACCAAGCAAUCGUAAUAAGAGUAAGAUCUGCACAUUUGUUUACUGUUGAGAUGCUUAAGGUUGGUGUGGUACUGUGGUGUAUAUUAUUAUUCCUAAGAUAUAUGGGGUUCUACUUCCACUGCUGUUGACCCGAUCUGGAUCCGGUGCGCAAUCCGUCCGAUCCAUUCAGCAUGGCCGGCGGGGGCAGCUCCGGCGAGUGGAGCGCGUGGAAGGCGGCCAGCAUCGUGUUCCGCAUCGCGACGGUGGCCCUGUCGCUGGCUUCAGCGAUCAUGACAGCGACCUCGACGCAGUGCUUGUACCGGGAGGAUGGCAGCCCCGACGGCACCAUCUCCUACAGCGACUACGGCUCCUUGAAGUACUCGGCGUUCGCCAACCUGCCGACGGCGGUGCUCCAGGGCGUGGCCAUCUACCUGGAGGUGACAGGGCACGAGAAAGCGGCCAAGACCGUGGAGCUCAUCGACAAGCUAGUGCUGGCCCUCACGUCCACGUCGGCGCCGCUGCUGUUCGCCGUCGACGACAUCACGUCCUGUGGCGGGCCACCUCGCGCCGGCGGCCGGGCCCGAGGGCAGCCGUCCAAAGGAUUCACGAAGAAGAUCCAGACGGCGUCGUUCGCUAGCCUCGGCACGCUGGCCUCGGCCGCCGGCGCUGCGUACACCGCGCGAGUCGAGAGGAUCGUCGCGGCAGCGCCCACGCUGCCAACACCGACACUGCCGUCUCCGGUGUCGCUGCAGCUCCCGCCAACUCCGAGGCCACGGCGGCCAUCGCGGCGGCAGCUACGGCCGCCACCUCCUCCACUUCCUCCUCCUCCCCCACCAGCACCUCCUCCACUUCCUCCUACUCCUCCUCUUCCACGACGACCACCACCACCACCACUUCUUCCUCCUCCUCCUCCUCCUCCUCCUCCUCCUCCACCACCACCACCACCACCACCACCUCCUCCACCCCCACCUCCUCCACCUCCGCCUCCACCUCCGAAACCCCCAUGUUCGGAACCGCCUCUACCAGUGUCGCCACCGCCACCGCUGCCACCGCUAUUCUCACCAUCGCUGUCGCCGCCACCUCCGUCAUGCUCGCCACCACCACUGCCAUCCGGUUGUCUUGUUGUGUUGAUUUUUGUCUUGUUACUUUCCCGUAUUUCUCGACGUGAAGGUUGUUAGUAUUUGCUUUCAUGUUCUAUUUCUCUUUCGUCGUAUCGGUCGGUUCAACGAGAACUGCUAGUUGCAGAAUGCCAUAACCAGUGAGAUAAAGCGCGCCCUCGCGCUAUUUGUGUGUUA